CGAUAAUCAAUUUGCGACAGCUGUAUGGAUUAUUAGCAGGGAAAAAAAAAUCUUGAACCCCAUCUCCAUGUAUUUCUUCUAACAUUACAAUCAAGACGAAAUGGUGCUCCAAGAGAAAACAGAAGGGCUCGACAAUUUCCUUCAGCUUCUUGAAAAGCAUAAAGAAAAGAAGACAAUUAUUGCUCUAUUCUGCGGAGGGAAGAACAGUAGUGACGGAGUAAGCUGGUGUCCCGAUUGUGUUUCUGCGGAACCGAUCAUUGAAAAAGGUCUAGCAGCAGCAGCACCAGAGGAUGCCGUCUUCAUCUAUUGCUCUGUAGGAGACAGAACAAGCUGGAAGGACCCAAACAAUGCUUAUCGCACACAUCCUAAACUGCAACUAAAAGGUGUUCCUACUUUACUGCAAUGGGACACGCCAAAGAAACUAGGCGAGAAAGACUGUUCCAACGCUGAUCUGGUCCAGAUGUUCUUCGAAGAAGACUGAUCAAGAUAGAUUCUCUAGGCCCAGGAAAUGGAAUCAACUAGUAAAAUCAACAUAUUGCCUUCAGAUUUGUGCAUACCUGAAGUACUUGGUUCGCUCUUAUAUGACAGUCUAAUUGUUGAACACUUUGGCAACAGUAUGACAACAACAAAAAAAAUCACAGUUUUUGCUGUAUACUUUUCAAUAGAUGUCCACUCAUUUAUUGUCAGUUUAGGCACAUGUCUUUUGAAUACCGGUAGAGAAAUAUAUGGGUGUUGCCAAUUUGAAGACGAAAUGUGGAGAAGAUCUUUAAAUUUCAAGAAAGUCCCAGGUAAUUACUUUGAUAAAAGACUAAACCUCAUAAACUUUGGGUACCGGUAUGUAGAUUCAAUUUCUAACACUUCAAAUUCAGACAAUUUGUACUGCUGGUACUGUACAAGUCCGACAGAAACUUUUGCGAUCCUGAAAUAUUUGUGAAAAUCAAGAGUGGUUCAGAUUCACAAAGUUUCAUGCUGCUAAUUAAUUGAAGCACAAAUGAUGGAACACUAGAUGUUUGUAUUUUUUAAAAGGUUCUUAAAUAUAAUAUAAAUGGCCAUCCUUAACAAUUUGAGAAAGUUUUAUGACAUUUAAUUCUCUGAUUUUACAGUACAAAUAUAACGGAAAUCUUGGUUAAAAACUUAAAAUGAAGCACAGUGGUGAAGCAUUGGUUUUUAAACUGGGAGCUUCCAGAUUUUAAAAACAAGUGCCGUUUGGUCCAGAAUCAGCCUCCAAAUACGAAUUGGACUCAAAGCCACACAGGUCAAUUGGUUGUUUAUCUACUUGCACAAUUUGCACAUUCUUGCAUGCUUACCAGUCAAAUACAAACGGUCAGUCAAUCACUCAUUACCCCGUAGCAGCAAAGUAUUAAGUUUGCUCUUUUACGCAUCAAGGUGUUUUUUUUCUUCCUGCUAGUUGAUGAUUUAAUAGAAAGUGAAAAGAAUAUGCCAUGAUAUAUUUUGGCUGAGAAAUGUGUGUAAUCAAAGUUUAAAUUGCAGUUUUUCAUUCAGCUUAUUGCCAUGAUAAACAUACAAUUGCUUCCUUUCCUUUUAUUUCAGGUAUUAUAGAAUAUUUUACUUGUUGUAAUGGUAUAGUUUUCUACUGUUAUGAAUAACUGGAUACAGCUAUUAUUGCCUUCUUUAAUUAUAUCGCUAUGUAAAAAUACUACACAUUUACUAAAAUAUUAUUGUUAAGGGAAGCUGUUAGAAAAACAAAUAGAAAAUGACAUGUGAGUGAAAAUGAAUUAUUACCCAAUUUGUGAAAAGAAAAAAAAUGCAUGGAAAAGUGUGAUCCCUAGUAAUAUGUUCCAAUAUAUUUUUUAAAGGUAAUUACAAUAUCACACAGUACUGACUUAUCAUGUAUAUUAAUCUGAUUCUUUUGCUAGCUAAUUUCUGUUACAGAACCAGAGUUGAUGAUUUUUCUCAGAGGUAUAGAUGUAAAUACAGGUUUAAAACUUGUUGGCAACUACUCAACAACUGAUUUUUGUUUGUUUGUUGUUUUUGUUAUUGUCAGACAUUCCACAAAACUCUGAAUGUCUCUUGUGGGAAGAUACAAGCUUUUUUUUGUAAAGUCCUUGUAUAUAUUUCAAUUAUAUUGCAUUUAAAUUUUUUACAUGACAGUCAAGUAUUGUAUGUUAUCCAAAAAAGGAAAAUAUAAAGAAUAUAGAAAAUAUUUCACUUCAUGCUGUUUUGUGUAACCGUAUACUCUCCUGCAACAUAUACACCAUCAUACAGUCAAGGAUAUGAGGUUUAUGAACUUUUAUAAAAAAUGUUUCAUCAUUAUC